AACAUUAAUACCGGUACUUCACAUUCGCUGGACGAAUAAUUUUAUUUCUUAAUUUUUUUUCUGCUAUUUCUUCAGUUUCAAGAUUAUUGUAAUUUGUGUUGUAUUGUACUGAAAGGUAGCCCUACAGACAGCUUGAUAAAAUGGCAGAUAACAAGAGACAGAGAGCAAGAAUACAAGGAUCAUGGGCUGCCCCACCAUCAAAGGGAAAGGCUAGAAGUACUGGUCCAGGCCCUGGAUCAAAGCCUCCAUCUAGACCAGGUCCCAACCCCAAUGCAGUGUCCAUGACAAGUAAGACCCCAGAGACUACAACAUCUCCAACAACAAAGGGCCAAUCAGAUUGUCUGCCGCAGACAUUGACGUUUACAGAGACAGGUCCGAUAAGGAGAAUCCCUGAACCGAAAGAGAUUGUAAAAGAUGGGUCGUAUGUAAUCAGUAUGGAGCCUGGAGGGGAGGCUAGGAUUACUUUAACAAGGGAUUUCCUGCUGCCUGAAGAAGCUGAUUAUGUGUUUGCUACACUACGAGAUGAGAUCCCCUGGGCUCAAAAACAAAACUGUAUACAAGGACAAACUUUUGAUGAGCCAAGGCUAACAUACUGGUUUGGGGAAUACCCCUAUGCAUACACCAAAGUCAGAUGGGAAAAGAAUACGAAUUGGAAUGAAACUUUACUUUACGUGAAAAGUCGUAUCGAAGAGAAGAAUGGACAAACCUUCAACAGCUGCCUUCUGAACUACUACCGUAGUGGCAAAGACCAUGUUUCCUGGCAUAGCGACGAUGAGCCGUCGCUUGGCUCAAAACCUACAAUUGCCUCUGUCUCCCUCGGUGACUCAAGGACGUUUGAGAUGAGGAAAAAGCCUCCUCCAGAAGAGAAUGGAGACUAUACAUACACAGAGAAACUUAAGAUUCCGCUCACACAUGGCAGUUUACUCAUGAUGGAAGGGGCGUCACAGGAUGAUUGGCAGCAUCAGAUACCGCGAGAAUAUCAUGACAGGGAUGCAAGGAUCAAUUUAACAUUCAGAACAAUCUACCCAGAAUGAUUAUCAAUCAAACGAUCAUCACUUCUCAACUGACUGUGAUGCUUGGCAGUGAUAAUAUCAGAAGGAUUUAUCUAACGUUCAGAACAAUUUUUCUAGAAUAGAUAGAUAUCAAACAACCAAAGUAGAUUCCAACCUACCAACGGAUCAUCACAUCUCGACUAACUCUGUAACUGGGCCGAGAUCUAAGGAUUAAUCUCAAGUUCAGAACAAUAUACCCAGGAUGAAGUAAAUCAACCAACCAAUCAACCCGGUCAUUACAUCUCAACCAAUUCUGAAGCUAAGCCGGGAUAUAAGGAUUAAUCCAACACUCGGAACAAUCUACCCUGAGUGAAGUAUAUCAAUCAACCAGUCAACACAUCAAAAGCCGACAUUGAACCUUGGCCAAGAUGUAAUGAGCAAUUGAAUGUUUAGUACAAUCUACCCAGAAUGAAGUUGAUAUCAACUAACCAACCAAACGGGUCAGGGCGAUUUUGUCCUGGAAAAUGAUAUAGAGACCCCCAAAAUCCCUAUUCCCUGCAAUGUUAAAGCUUAUCUAAUGUUGCAGAUUUUACGCAGUAGGUCCUGAAAGGUAG